AUGUGUGAGCAGGCAGCGCGCUACUGUAGGGACGGAGUCCACAAACUGCUUAACAAAGAACAAGCCAAACUUCGAGCCCAAGAAAGCCGCGAGCAGCCGAACCUCGUAGCCGGUCAGGACAGCGAGUCCGCAACGGCAGCGCAGUCCGGAAACAGCGGCGCCCAGCCCGGUGGAAUCGACGGGCUCGUCCGCUGGAUCGUCACCAAAAUGAGCGACAACAAGAACAUCUCCAGCCGGGAGUACGCCUCCAGUAAGGAGGAGGUGGCCGUGGCUCAGGAGCAGUUCUUCGCUCCGGAACCGCGGAGAGGCAUCUCGGUUAUUUUGGAUAUUUUCAGAAGAGCUGACAAAGAUGAUGAUGGGAAGCUGUCUCUGGAUGAAUUCCAAGCGUUCUUCUCUGACGGCACGCUGAAUGAAGAGGAGCUGGAGAAGUUAUUUCACACCAUCGACUCUGACAACACCAGUAAUGUUGACACUAAGGAACUCUGUGACUACUUUGCCAAGCACAUGGGAGAUUAUGAGGGAGUUCUGGCUUCUCUGGAAACGCUCAACCUUUCCAUCCUCAAAGCAAUGGACUUCACCAAAAGGGUGUAUGAGAGAGGGACCAACGUGGAGCAAUUUGUGACCCGUUUCCUGCUGAAGGAGUCAGCCAAUCAGAUCCAGUCUCUCCUGAGCUCUGUGGAGAGUGCCGUGGAUGCGAUUGACGAGCAGCACAGCCAAUCGGGUCAUCUACCUGCCAAAGUGAGUCCACGGAUGUCAGGGAAGCGCUACGAAAACACUGUCCCUGACUAUCCCCCUAAUAACAGAGUCAGCGCCAGGGAGGCUGUCAGGACCAUCAAUACUGCUUCAGGUGCAGUGGAGGUGAGGAAAGAAGGUCUGGAGAUGCAGAUCAACCGUCUAGCUGAACUCAUCGGACGACUGGAGAAUAAGACGGUCUGGUUUGAUCUGCACCAGAGGCUAACAGACACAGAUGGCACCACCAGCGCAUCCUUGUUGCUGAUUCGUCAGGAGAUGGUGGUUUCCCAGAAGAAGCUUGGCGAGUUCUGCGAGGCUCUGAAGCAGUACCUGAAGAACGUCUCUGCUCAGAGAGACUGCUUUCAUGUGACUGCGGUGCGUCUGCCAGAUGGUUUAUCCUUUGUCGUCUAUGAAUUCUGGGAUGGCGAGGAGGAGUGGAAGAGGCACCUCCAGUCGGCCCCCAACAAAGCCUUCCAGCAUGUGAAGGUGGAUACACUGUGCCAGCCGGAGGCUGUGUCCUCUGUAGCCGUGCCAGCCGUCUGGUGCAGCGUGAACAGGGACUGAGCAUGAAGAUAUUCAACUACACGCCAAGACUCCUGGACACUCUUCAUUUCUUUAACUCCUUUCCCUCCAGCCCUAAAACCCUUUUUUUUUUCCUCCUCUACAUUCCACCCACCCCAAUCCCCCACGACCCCCAACUCCCCCGACUCUUUUUGUAAGUACAUGUUUACAUAGUGCAAAUGAAUGGUGUCAACUGCGGUGAAAAUUGAACAAACAGUGCAUUUUACAACGUGAGAUUACUAAAACAUGUUGCAUCUCAUCAUGGUAGUUUGCUGGUUCGAGACUUUUGGAUUACUUCAUGUACACGUUUCUAAUAGCUUUGAGCCACUGUAAGGUGGAGAUCGUCAUGUAGCAAGGACCCCCGAAGGUUGAGUUUUUCAUGUAGCAGCUUUUCAGUGGUCAGUUUGGGAAUGCAGAAUUUUAUUUAUUCAUUUUAAUUGUUGACCAAAUUACCCUCGCAUCAGCCAUGUCAUAAUUAAAUGGACUAUUGGAAUACCUAGUUGACAGAUUAGCUUGCAAUCUCAGGAAAACAGAAAAGCCUCGAGCUAGUGAGCUCACGAACUAGUCCCCACAUAACUGAACUUGGGUUGGAGGUGUUUAAAAGAAUACCAUUCUGAGGACGGCCUGGCAAGCUGUGAAUGAAGACAAAAUGCAUAGCUUAAGAUUUUCUGCACUGAUGUGGUUAAAAAUCUACCUGGAGCUAGCAAAAAGCAGUAAAGCUGUACACCAAGUGGCUCAAUAACUGGACAAAACAUCCCACACACAGUGAAUUUUUAUAAUAAUCCUUCCUAAUAUGACAUUAGCCGCCUUUUUGAGAAUUUUGUUUAGGAAAAGACUUUAAAAAGUGAAACCUGGCUCUGGAUAAGCAGGUGUUCAGUAGAGCAGUGCAGUUAUUUACCUGUACCCGUACAUUAACAAGAAAGAGGCAGGUGUUAUCAGAGAGCAGUGGUUCCAGCAGUAACUUUAGACUUUAAGUGUUCAUUUACAUGUAAACCAAUCACUGAAUAAGAUCACUGCUCAGAGCUAAUAAUCUUACACUGACACAGAAUUUUUUUACCUCUUCCAGAAUUUUCCAUUGCAUUUGUUUGGUCUGUUGCAUUAGCUUACUCUUAUAGAUUCACUCUCUAUAUUGAGUGAAUGUGUAAGUACAUACAUACAUACAUACAUACAAUGGCUGCUCUGAGGGUGAUGUAUCUAAAGGUUAACAUGGCACUGUUUCUUUAAAGAGCAGCAGAACCCCAGUGAAGCCUGAUGGGUGAAGUAACCUGGGCUGAGGAGGAGCAGGCCAGCUGAUGUCAGACUUAACAAGGAUUUGUACGUCGAUGCUGGCACAAAUUUCCAUUUGUGUUUCUCAGCGUAGUUUCAUUUUGAUUAAACACUUCGGGGUUAAAGAGUCAAAUCCCGGAGCUUUGACAUCAGGGCUGUUUAAGGGAUCAUUUCUGACCUGGGACACGUCUGCUACCCUGAGAAAGAAGAGAGGCAGGCAGCACCUCACCGUUCUCCAUGCAGAUAAAACUUGGUUUCAUUUUUUGCCUUCUGUUUGUGCAUUCCUGGACCGAACGGGCAACCCGUUGCUUACAUUAGCUGUGCAAGUCUGGUGGAGAUUGUACAUAUGAAAAUGUUACGUUACGAUUAUAUUUGUAUUUACUGACAUCUUUUAGUGCUAUGGUACAAAAUUUAUCCUCAGUGAAAGUGGCAGUAAGCUUUACAGGUGCUGCAGCUUUUCUUAAGUGUUUGUUUGAAUCCAAACAGCUACCAUGAGAAACAGAUACACCAAUCUGAAUAACGCUGAAUACGAAGCCUUAAACAUCACCACAUGGUUGAGGAGGUUUUGAUGUGUUGUAAAUUCCCUAUAAGCAGAUUGUUUCAUUAAUAUAAUGCAUUAUUAUUAACACUGGGAUACUUCCUAGAGUUCUGUACACCAGAUCUGUUCAGCUCUUAACAUAUCACUGAAAGAAUAACCUUGAAUUUGAAAUGAACCUUCACAACACUUGGCAUACUGUAGCAGUUAGAUGAACCACCUCGGCAUUAAUAUCUUGGAACACGUGAUCACAUGUAUUGUCACUAUUGAACCCACCUUUAAGUGCAAAAAAAUAAACUAACAGGAGGAUAUUACAGGAAGUUACAGCUCUUGCAAAAAUUCCAGGGCAUCAGGGUGAUAUUGCAGGACGGAUCCGGUGAUGCAUUCAACCCCAGUCUUAAAACCCCGAUGAGCAUUUUAUUCUAUUGUGACAUCAACAGCAUUGUUCAGUGAAGUUUGACGACUAGCUGAGUUCAGCCUUCGCUUCAAACCGGCCCACGCACCGGGGGGGGAAGCUUAUGUAAAAUCAGUCUAGAAAUAUUCGGUCUCAGUGCCGGGCCAACCCCGUGAUAGAUGUGACCUCGUUCACCCUACGAUGAACAGAGCGUCCCACAUACGCCUCCUCACCACCGCUGUAACCCCGACACUGUUAAACAAUCAGAUUUAAAAAGCACAAUGUAAAAAUGAGUGAAUAUUGUGACUUGAACACACAGUACAUUAGAGGUUAAUGAGUAUGAUGAGCGUAUGUAGAGAUAUAUUACCGUCUAACUGGGUAAAGACUUGUUAUUGAAUCACCCCUCCGUUACAGCAUUAUACUUUCAAAGGUGCCAUCUUGCCAUCCCGCCUCACUGUUGAGUCUAUUCUCUCUCUGAGUCUGCCAUCUGCUCGUGCUGUGGUAGCAGUGAGCGGGGAUCCAGCUACACUGACACUAAUGUUGAUUGUUACCUACUUUUAGAGCUCUGGGCUGCACUCAGCAGGGCAUGACUGUGUGACAUGUGAAAGUGUUGACUAUUAUUACAUAUAUGGUAACAGAAAUAUGUAUAACGAUAGGCUCGUAGAACAGGCAUGCAAAAGCAUUAUCUGUUAAAUGUAUUUACCAAUCUCUGAGUGUCUCUUUUUUUAAAAGGUACCCUGUGGAAGUUUUGACAGCCACUAGCACUAUGGAGCAGAUUUUUCACAAAUGGAGCCCUGGAUGAAUAAUGGCAAUGAAUGUGUUGGUGGAAAAAAAAAAUGUAUGAUUUGAGGUAUAAAAAGAGCUUAGGAGAGGCUGUUGCUUAUCAUCUAGCUUGUGGUUUUGAAAUAGUCGAGCUAAAAUGGAACUUGUCGGGCUUAAGAAUAAAUCUAGGUGCUAAAUUGGACCUGAUAGUUUCAAACCCAAUUCAACAUGCAAUGGCCUGUUUAAUUGUUUGACUUCUGAUGUUAAAUCUCCAAAACUUUUAAGUGACAUGCAGAGACUAAGCUGAUUCGUGCAAAUAUUUAAAAAGAAAAAAACCACGUAAAAGGACAUUACUAUAACUUAAUACAAUCAUGAGACGUACUAUCUGCAGUUGCUGCAGGCAGCAGCAGCAAAGUUUCUGAGGAACAUUGAACAGAAUCUUAUCCUCCUCUGGCUGUAGAGUCCUCGGACUGUUAAAGUACCUUGAGGCGGUCAGGUUUGAUUCGUGAUCGGAUUUGAGCUGUCAAUGCAAUCUGUAUAGCAUGGCUACAUUAGCCCCACAAGGUGAAAGGUUACCCAACACCACCUGCUCAAUAUUAAAACCACAAUACUUUGUUUACAAGAAAACUCCACAGGGUACAUGUAACCUCUCACUAGUACACACAUACACACACACACUUUAUAUAACUCCAAUCCUAUUUGCAUUCAAGAAGGAGCUACUGUAUUCUCAAUGCAAACAAAGCCAUAUUGCAUGGAUUAGUGUUUACAUGUAAGUUUACUAUACUGAUAGCCAUAGCUUUACAGUACUCAAACCUGGCUGAGUGCAACCCACACGCUCUAAUUAAGGGAUCUCCUUUUGUGUACAUUGCACCCAGCUCGGCUGGGUUGUGUAUAUGAAAUCGAUAGUAAGUGAAUGGUCAGAAACACCAAUACUGUUUCCUGUUGAUACAUUCCUGAAUGUCCCUCAGACUGUGCAACCUGUUCUUUUUCUAUCCUCCUACUCCUCAGUGCAACCCGUGCUUUGUCAUACAAUGAAAGAGUUAUGUCACCGAAAUGUGUUGAAGCAUGGCUGAACAGAAUGUUUCCUGGCAACAUCGUGACAAUAUUAAAAGGCAGCAGACAUACAGUACGCUGAACUCAGGCCUCCUGUAGGCAUAGAUCAGUUUCUGUAGCUGUGGGGAUGCUGGUAAACAGGAAGUACGUCACCGGGUUUACCUCAAGAAGUGUUACAUAGACACCAUAGACUACAUACAAAAGAUGGGUAUAGCCACCAUGUCACCAAUUGGUUCUUGACUGUGGCUUUAUGGCGCCACCCAAGCUUCGAUCAUUCUGCAGCUGCAUGAUGGCAUGCAAGUCAGAGUCACAGAAUGACCCGAUUCAGUUAGUUCACCUUAAACACAAUAGCUCUCCAAGUCUUGGCACAGCUCACUAUCAAGCCUACUUCACCCCCAGCUCCAGUCAGUGAUGCUCCAAACAAAGUUGUCAGAUUUCUCCUGUCUCGGCUCCACACUCUUCUCAGACUUCCCGCAUAUCAUUAAAGUGAAGAACCACAACAAUAAAGCCACGUCAGUCUUCGGACGACUUUUUUAAGACGGGUUCUUAAAAAGGAAUCCCUGAAGGUCAUCGUCGAGGUUGUUGCCCUGUACAGUGCAGCACUAGCCUUCACCCUGCUCUGCUGAGCAAAAUGUAGACAUCAUACAGAACGUAUUUCAAAAACUCAGAGGCGCUACAUUUAGAUCAAGACCAGCUCCACUUGAGUGGAAGAUGCAGUGGCCAUAAAACGCCUGCUCAGUGAAGAAAAUACAAUCUGCCUGACAACGACCUACCCUACCAACAUAAGGAUUGCAAACCAAAGAAGCACUUUAAGGACUUCACAAAAGACCUUCUUAGCCAUUGCAAUAUAAACCCCAACUACCCUGAACCUUUGGAAACCUUUACCAUGGUGAGUGAAAAAAACACCUUACACAGGAAAUGAAAGAAGUUCCCAAUAACAACAGAAGGCAGUUGGCUUUAACCCAACAUUUGGCUACACUUACAAGGUAAAACUAGGGCUCAUCAUCAUAGACUUCUAUGUAAAAUUUGCUCCCUUUGCCUUCACUCAAGACAUGCAGGCUACAUCCAUCUUUUAUGUAGAGUCUAUCCAAGAGACCAAGCCAAUCAGAUCAACAAGGCCAUAACUCUUCCCUUCUAUGGCUGUUCUUUUCUAUUCUUCAACUGAGUGCAUGUCAACUGAAUGUCCAGUAACUUCUUUGCUGUAGUAUUAGGCAAUGCUACUCAAUGGGUUUUUGUGCAUUUCUUACCUUCUUUGAUUUCUAGUAUUCCUAUGAAAGAGACAGAGUUACAUCUAUUAUAUAAAACAUAUGACUAGAAAAAUGGCAAACAAGAAUGAACGUAACUUUUAUGGCAAUGUUUAAUUAAAUAUUAAUUCUUAAUGUAUGUUUCAGUAAAAAUACUUUCUCUUCUUAAGUGUAGAGACUUAUUGCAGGGAUGCAAGUAUUAUAUUUGGUCUUUAAAGAAUAACUUGUUGAAAUUCUAGAUGAUGUAGAGUGAUGCAAUUCAAUAA